CCCACCCCAGCGAACUUGGAAGUGGAACCGCGCUGAGAGCCCUGCCUGAGGCGCGUGGCGGGGUCCGGAGUCGCGCCGGGGGUUAGGGCGCGCGCGGCCGUAUCGCCAUGGUGUCGGCCAGCGCGUGCGCCGGCCAGGUGGGCGCCGUGCUGCCCCUGCUGCUGGUGCUCUUCGACCUGCUCGGCGAGGGAGUCGAAUGCGGAAUAAAUGCUGAAGUAGAAAAACAACUCGAAAUGGGCAAGAAGUUAUUGGCAGCUGGACAGCUAGCUGAUGCCUUGUCUCACUUCCAUGCCGCUAUAGAAGGGGACUCUGAUAACUACAUUGCCUAUUAUAGAAGAGCCACAGUGUAUUUGGCCAUGGGCAAAUCUAAAGCUGCAAUUCGUGAUUUAAGUAAAGUGGUUGAACUAAAGCAAGAUUUCACAUCAGCAAGAUUACAGAGAGGCCAUUUACUUCUUAAGCAAGGAAAAUUUGAUGAAGCAGAAGAAGAUUUCAAAAAUGUGCUCAAAUCUAAUCCCAGUGAUAAUGAGGAAAAGGAAGCUCGGUCUCAACUGAUGAAAUCCGAUGAGUUGCAGCGCCUGCAUUCACAGGCACAGUCUCUGUAUCGUCAGGAGGAUUAUACUACUGCUAUAAGUCUCCUUGAUGGGAUUCUAGAAGUUUGCGUUUGGGAUGCAGAGCUGCGGGAGCUUCGAGCUGAAUGCUAUAUAAAGGAAGGAGAACCAGGCAAAGCCAUUAGUGACUUAAAAGCUGCUACCAAACUGAAGAAUGAUAACACUGAAGCCUUCUAUAAAAUCAGCACAAUAUACUACCAGUUGGGGGACCACGAACUGUCACUCAGUGAAGUCCGAGAGUGUCUGAAACUUGACCAGGACCAUAAGCUGUGUUUUUCUCACUAUAAACAAGUAAAGAAACUUAAUAAGCAAAUCGAGUCAGCAGAGGAACUCAUCAGGGAAGGCAGGUACACAGAUGCCAUCAGUAAAUAUGAAUCUGUAAUGAAAACUGAGCCAAAGGUUCCUAUUUACACUACUCGUGCCAAAGAAAGGAUCUGUCACUGCUUCUCAAAGAAUGAGCAGUCUGCUGAAGCCAUAAAAAUUUGCACAGAAGUUCUGCUGCUGGAACCAGCUAACGUGAAUGCUUUAAAAGACAGAGCAGAAGCCUAUUUAUUAGAAGAGCAAUAUGAGGAAGCUAUUCAAGAUUAUGAAACUGCUCAGGCCAACAGUGAAAAUGACCAACAGAUUCGUGAAGGCCUAGAGCGAGCCCAGAGGAUGUUGAAGCAAUCUCAGAAGAGAGAUUAUUACAAAAUUUUAGGAAUAAAAAGAAAUGCAAGAAAACAAGAAAUCAUAAAAGCAUAUAGAAAGCUAGCAUCUCAGUGGCACCCUGAUAACUUCCAGAAUGAAGAGGAGAAGAAGAAGGCAGAGAAAAAGUUUAUUGAUAUAGCAGCUGCUAAAGAAGUACUUACCGAUCCAGAAAUGAGGAGGAAGUUUGAUGCAGGAGAAGAUCCACUGGAUGCAGAGAGCCAACAGGGAGGAGGAAGCCCUUUUCACAGAACCUGGAACACAUGGCAAGGAUUCAACCCUUUCAGCUCGGGAGGACCAUUUAAAUUUAAAUUCCACUUUAAUUAGAACCAAGACUAUUUUUCUGUGGCUGCCACUGAUUUAUUUAACACUUUUUUUAUUUAAAAACUCCUUCCAGGAUUCAACAAUUUAAAUUUCAAAUAUGUUGCCCUUAACUAAAGAGUUACUUUAUUAGAAGGAAAGCUAGCUCUUUAAUAUUACAAAAAAUAAAAAGUUUUGCUGCAGUGUGAAUUUAACAAUCCUAUUAUGGUGAGUGGGUGGGCCAGGAUUUUGUUAGCACUAAUAUAGUUGUAGUAGUGCAUACAGAAAUCCUGACUACCACUGAGGAAGAAGCAUGAUGACCUGGAAAACAUAUAAACACAUGCUUAAAUCCUAUCAGUCAAUGACACUUAAGCAUUUGCUUAAAGUUAAGAAUGUGCUUAAAUACUUUUUGGAACUACAGCCUAAUAGAGGUGUAAAAGGUUACUAUGUAUAGCAAUCUUUAUAGUCGCAAAUGAAAAUUUGAGUUAGUGUAUGUAGGGUAAUGAUCCAUCUUUCAGUAUUCUUAAAAAGAAAGACUAAUGACUUGACCAACUACUGCAUUGUGUUACUUUUGUCACACUGAUGCGGUACAUAGAGAGUGAAGAGGCCACUACAGAUUGGUUUUAAAUAAUCUUUUUAAAAUAACAUUGUUACUGACUGUUUGAAAAUGUCUGCCUACUUAAUUUGUUUGGUAAUCUGAAAUCAGUCGGAAUGAUUAGUCCCUAUUAUAACGGCAUCUGUCAAACAUGAAAGUAAAAAAUUCCCUCAUUUUGAACAUUUUGCUUCUGAAUGAUACUUAAAUAGCCAGAGUUUCUUGAUUGGUUUUGUAUUUUGUACUUUUUACACAAAACCUGCUUGAGAUUUGAGCAGGGCAAUUUAAUGUGACACUUCCCCAAAUAUGCAGCAACUUGCCUCUGAUUUUAAUAAAUACUUUAAACUUAUAUGGA